AUUUCUUUUUUGUUUUUUUUUGUGAUUUUUUUUUAAUUUUGCUAAAUCUAAAGUGUUUCUGACCUUUUCAUCGUUUUUCUUAUUGAUAUUUGACGCGAUAAUUUUUUGCUAAUAAAAAAAGAACAAAAACAAUGGAUACGUUAACAGCCAAUUUGAAUGCACUUUCAUUGAGUGAAGAACAAACCGAUAGUGUUGAAAAUCUUUUCAGUAAGAAUCAAUCGUUGGAUGCUAACGCAUUAAAAGAUGCAUUAGAUAUUGUUGGCUUUAAAUUGCCAUUAUGGCGUGUACGGAUUUUGAUUGAAGAUAUUGAUAAGAAAAAAUCAUUCCUUCAGGAAAAAAGUCGUUUGACAAAAGAAGAAUUCAUUAAAUUAUGUAUGGAUCUAAGGGCACAGGAUGUUGCCAAUUCAUUCAAAUCGACUAUAUCGAAACGUGGUAAUCUUGAAACAUUGGGCGGUAUGUCGGAAGCCAGUUCAUCUGGUACUACACAUUCCGUUAGACAUGAAGAACAAGUGGCCUUUUCCGAUUGGAUUAAUACACAUUUAUCAUGCGAUUCGGAUCUAAAAUCCUUAUUACCAAUCGAUUUAGAAGGCAAAACAUUAUAUGAUAAAGUAAAAGAUGGUAUACUUCUUUGUAAAAUUAUCAACCAUUCAUGUCCUGACACCAUUGAUGAACGUGCCAUAAAUAAAAAAAAUCUAACUCUUUAUACCAAACAUGAAAAUCUAACAUUGGCUUUGAAUUCGGCCCAAGCUAUUGGUUGCAAUAUAAUCAAUAUUGAUGCACAUGACCUUUCGAAAGGAAGGCCACAUUUGGUGCUUGGUUUGCUAUGGCAAAUUAUUCGUAUCGGCUUAUUCAACCAGAUUACAAUCGAACACUGCCCUGGGCUGGUUAAUUUAUUGAACGAUAAUGAAGAGAUGGGUGAUCUAUUGAAAUUGUCACCCGAAGAGAUACUGAUUCGAUGGGUUAAUUACCAAUUGGAAAAAGCCAAUGUUGAUCGAAGAAUUUCAAAUUUCACUAAUGACAUUAAAGAUUCAGAAGUAUACACUCAUCUUUUGCAUCAGAUUGCACCACCAGAAAAAAAUGUCAACAAGGAUGCCUUACGUGAACGGGACAUGCUUGAAAGAGCCGAAAUGAUGUUGAAACAAGCAGAUAAAUUAGGUUGUCGUAGUUUUCUGACACCUCAAAACGUGGUCGAUGGAGUGUAUAAAUUAAACGUUGCAUUCGUUGCCAAUCUUUUCAAUAAUUAUCCUGGUUUGGAUACGCCUGAAAAUAUUGAACCAUUAGAAACGAUAGAAGAAACGCGAGAAGAAAAAACCUAUCGAAAUUGGAUGAAUUCGAUGGGUGUGGAUCCCUAUGUUAAUUGGCUAUACAGUGAUUUGGCUGAUGGCAGGAUCAUUUUUCAGCUUUUCGAUAUAAUUCAACCCGGUAUUGUAAAUUGGUCCCGUGUGCAUCAAACAUUCAGUAAAUUGAAAUAUUUUAUGGAAAAAAUUGAAAAUUGCAAUUAUGCCGUAAAACUUGGCAAAGAAUUGAAAUUUUCAUUAGUCGGUAUUGCCGGUCAAGAUAUUUCUGAAGGUAAUCCAACACUGACACUUGCUUUGGUAUGGCAAUUGAUGCGUGCAUAUACUCUUUCAAUUCUAUCAAAAUUAACUAAUCAUGAUUCAAAUGGUUCAUCACCUAACGUCAUUGUUGAAAAUGAAAUCAUCGAAUGGACUAACAACAAGUUGCGAGAAGCAGGCAAAUCAUCAACAAUCAAAAAUUUUCAAGAUUCAUCCAUUUCAACAGCCAUUCCUGUCAUUGAUCUCAUCGAGGCCAUCAAACCAGGAUCAAUCAAUUAUAGCCAAUUAUAUGAAGGCAACACGCAUGAGGAAAAAUUGGCAAAUGCUAAAUAUGCUAUUUCGAUGGCGAGAAAAAUCGGUGCCCGUAUCUAUGCAUUACCGGAAGAUAUUGCCGAAGUAAAAAGUAAAAUGGUCAUGACAGUUUUUGCCUGUUUGAUGGCUAGAGAUUACAUUCCAAAUAUGGGUAAAGCUGUCGAUUCUCUCAACAACAGCAAUAACAAUGACAACUAUGUCGAUUAAUAAUUUGGUUCAAAUAUAAAUGGUUCAAUUUUUUCAAAAUCAAAUUUUUUUUCUCUCAACAAACAUUCUAAAAAUUUGCAAAUAAA